AAGCGGGUCGGCAGGCACAUUACAUAUUUGCCCUGUUAGGCAAAACACAAAUUCCAGUAUGAGUAGAGUUCUUUGUUCCCAUUACUUCUCUCACCUACUUUUACUUAAUUACUUAUGUAUACCCAACCCAGCUGUAUUUUUAUUUAUCUCCCUCUCCACAUUAAAUACCUUUACCAUUUUUUUCUCUCUUUUAAUUAAUUAUUAUUAUUAUUAUUCAAACACCAUCAUCCCUUCGUCUUCCUCUUUUUCUCUUUUUUCACACACUCCCAACUGUUCAAUCCUAUAAUUGUAUGAAUUAAAUUAAAUACAAAUAAAUAGAAGAAGAAGCUUUGUCUGAAUUCAUAAUCUUCACCGGCCACCAAAUAUCCAUGGCGAGAGUUGUGGCACUAGAAACAUCUUCGCCGUCUCCUCCUCCGCCGCCGCCCGCCGGAUAUGUCACGGUUGACAUACCACGCGCCGCCGCAUGCGAGUCUCCGACGCUGGCGGAACUUCUCAAAUCCGUUAGUGACCUGUCACGGAAUGGAGCCCCCGGAGACGAAGACGACGCGCCAGUUACGCUCGACAUCAGCAGCGGCGGCGGCGAGAAUCCUCCGCCGUCGGUUCCUUUCGUUCUGGCCUUCACCAAUCUAACCUACAGAGUGAAAGUCCGCCGCAAACUCGCCCUCCCGGGGUUCCUCCGCCGCCGCGGCUCCGCUCCAGAUCCGGUUUUCGGGGAAACCCUUUCCCCGGCGCAUACGAAAACGAUCCUGGACGAGGUCUCCGGCGAGGCCCGCGACGGCGAAAUAAUGGCGGUGAUGGGCGCGUCGGGUUCGGGGAAGUCGACCCUGAUCGACGCGCUGGCCAACCGCAUGGCGAAAGGAAGCUUGAAAGGCAACGCCACACUGAACGGAGAGCCAAUAGAAACAAGACUGAUGAAGGUGAUAUCAGCUUACGUCAUGCAGGAUGACCUCCUCUUCCCCAUGCUCACCGUCGAAGAAACCCUCAUGUUCUCCGCGGAGUUCCGGCUGCCCAGAGCCCUCUCCAAAUCCAAGAAGAAACUCCGAGUUCAAGCCCUUAUCGACCAGCUGGGGUUGCGCAACGCCGCCAAGACAGUCAUCGGAGAUGAGGGCCACCGCGGCGUCUCCGGCGGAGAGAGGCGGCGCGUCUCCAUCGGUACUGACAUCAUCCACGACCCGAUUCUGUUGUUCCUCGACGAACCCACCUCGGGAUUGGAUUCCACCAGCGCUUUCAUGGUGGUGAAGGUACUGCAGAGAAUUGCACGGAGCGGGAGUGUAGUGAUUAUGUCUAUACACCAGCCCAGCUAUAGAAUCCUUGGAUUGUUGGAUCAAAUGAUUUUUCUUUCACGUGGGAAAACUGUCUACAGUGGCCCUCCCUCCAAUUUGCCUGUUUUUUUCUCAGAUUUCGGACACCCAAUUCCCGAUACCGACAACCGGACCGAGUUCGCAUUGGAUCUGAUUCGCCAACUCGAGGGUUCACCAGGUGGAAUCAAAAGCAUGGCCGAGUUCAACAAAUCAUGGCAGUCAUUAAAGAAAGGCAAUUUAUCAAACACCUUAUGUGCAUCAGAAACCAAUACCAGUACCACCACCAAUCUGUCACUAAAAGAAGCCAUAAGCGCCAGCAUUUCAAGAGGAAAGCUAGUCUCCGGCACCACCGCCACCAAGAACAACAGCAGCCCCACCGCCAUGGUUCCCUCGUACGCAAACCCGCCGUGGGUCGAACUAGCGGUGCUGUCGAGACGGUCAUUCACGAAUUCAUGGAGGAUGCCGGAGCUUUUCGGCGUCCGCGUGGCGGCGGUGAUGGUGACAGGAUUCAUCCUAGCCACAAUAUUCUGGCGGCUCGACGACUCCCCGAAAGGGAUCCAAGAAAGGCUCGGCUUCUUCGCCUUCGCCAUGUCGACCACCUUCUACACCUGCGCCGACGCAUUGCCGGUGUUCCUCCAAGAAAGGUACAUUUUCAUGAGAGAAACGGCCUACAACGCUUACAGAAGGUCCUCCUAUCUCUUAGCCCACGCGCUGACUUCCCUCCCGACGCUCCUCCUCCUGUCGCUGGCGUUCGCCGCCGCCACCUUCUGGGCUGUGGGACUCGACGGAAGCUUCCUCUUCUACUUUCUAAUCAUAUUCGCUUCCUUCUGGGCCGGAAGCUCGUUCGUCACGUUCCUCUCGGGCGUGGUGCCGCACGUGAUGCUAGGGUACAUAAUAGUGGUGGCGAUUAUAGCGUACUUUCUAUUAUUCAGUGGCUUCUUCAUAAACCGGGAUAGGAUCCCGGCGUACUGGAUCUGGUUCCACUACAUAUCCUUAGUGAAGUACCCGUACGAGGCGGUGCUUCAGAACGAGUUCGAGAAUGGGGCAAAGUGCUUCGUGCGCGGGGUGCAGAUAUUCGACGGGACGCCGCUGGCGGCCGUGCCGGAGGCGAUGAAGGUGAAUCUUCUGGCGAGCAUGAGCGGCACUCUAGGGGUGGAUAUAACGAGCUCGAGCUGCGUUACAACGGGGGCGGAUAUACUGCGGCAGCAAGGGGUGACGGAUCUGAGCAAGUGGAAUUGUCUGUGGGUUACGGUGGCGUGGGGCUUCUUCUUUCGGUUCCUCUUCUACUUGGCGGUGGUGAUCGGAAGCAAAAACAAGAGAAGAUGAUUUUGAUUGAUCGCCCCCCGCGGCCAAAGUUUCUAGUGACAUAUGAAUUAAUGAUGAAAUUGAUGAUGAGAGAGGGAUUUUGGCGGGAAAUUUAAACAGACAGGCAAAAUCCUCUUUUGUUUGGUGUUUUAUUUUUAUUAUUAUUAUUAUUAUUUUUUUAUUUGAGUAAGAAUUAUAAUUUUAUCAAGUGGUGAUUUUUUUUCUGUUAUUGUAUUUGUUUUACAUAAUUACUGUGAAUGUGAGGACUCUUGAUGAUAAGUAUCGAGAUAAUUAAGAGAUAUGAUCUUGAUAGAUAUAUUUGGAUUGAAUGGCAUUCGACUUUCACUCGUUUGAUA